AUGUUUCGACACAUGGCCAAAUAUCGCGUCAAUAAGCGAAACUGUGACCAGGCCGCGUUCAACGAGCUCAACAAGAACCUCAACUGCUGGUUCCCCGAGUCGGAAUACCCAUCGCUCGUUUACCCUCGCAUCAAAACAACACUACAACGUCUGUUUAACCAGCUGGUUGAGAAGCAAGUUGUGACGUCAAUCGAUCUUAGUAAUGGAGGAUGGACAUCCAACUGGCCUGCCUUUGCCCAGAACUGGCUGGAAAAUGACUGGAAUGGCGAUACUGGUAAUCAGCUCAUCGCGGCUGGCUUGACGCCAGAAACCACAAGAAGCCAAGCACAAAACAAUCCGGCCACUGUGAGUCGAAAUAGUGCACGACCUGGGGCCCGGAGCUCACCCAUUGUGAUCAGAGAUGAUGACGAUGACCUGGGUCUUUCAUUUUCUGGCCUCAGCAUCAAUGAGAGACACCGACAACCGCCUCCUCUCUUCGUCCCGGCGGCACCAGGACGGCCCAUCUCUGAUAUCACCCCAUCCUUUAUUCCUCCCGGAUUGCCCACCCCGCCCCGGUCUUCCCUGGGCUUCCCUGCAGGCUCUUCAGCCCUUGGAACUGAUUUCUUCAGACCGGCCUUUAUUCACCCACUGCCACAACAGUCCGGACUUGGACAUAACACAGCUCUGUAUGGAAAUGCAGACUACGGGAUACCGCCACUUGAGGAUCGUUGA